AUGUGGUGUGUAUCUAGAAACCUAAGCACACACUUCCUCCAUCUCAAGAUAUCAGAUCAAUAUCAGAAUGCCACAUCGCAGUCCACGAUUUCAUCAUCGUCUCCACAAACCGCCGUCAACGGCGAAGAAAAUGAAUGCGACUGGGUCUGGAAUGAAAUAAAAGAUGAACCUCGCCUCGACGCCGAAUUCGAACCAGCCCUCGCCGGUCACCUCUACUCCACCAUCAUCUCCUACUCAUCUCUCACAUGCUUUCUCUCUUUCCAUUUAGGAAACAAACUCUGCUCCUCUACUCUCCUUUCCACCCUCCUCUAUGAUCUUUUCCUCAAAACCUUCUCCUCCGACCCAUCUCUCCUCUCCACCACCAUUGUUGACCUACGCGCCGCCUGUUAA